AGCCGGCCGGGGACGCACAAGCGCAGUCGAGCAACGGAGUUGAACGUAGUGACCGGCGUUUCCUCUAGUGAAGUGUUCCGAGUUGAUUGCGAGUGAUCCCAAGGAACGACCUGACCUGUGCGCUCUAUCAUCUCUCUCUCGUGGGGAUUCGACGACUACAUUUCGAGCACGAACAGAAUUUAGCUGGACACCACCUGGUACCCAGAAGGCAGUGAGAUAAAGACAGGUGGCACGAGAAGAAAUCAUGGGCGCGAGACAGAGCAAGAGGUCCGUGGACAUAACGACGACGCCGAAGAAGGAGGGAAUACCCGUCGAGGGAGGCGUCGUCGGUGAUGCGGCCGCACCUGGCGACGGUAAGCUGGAAAGGAUCGAGGAGGCUGACACGAAACCCACCACUAACGGCAUAGCACCGCACACGGACACUGCCGAGGACAAAGAGAAGGACAAAGAUGAAGCUACCGAGAAGGACAAGGAGCAACAGCAGCCGCAGGAAGAAGAGGUAAAAGCCGAGGAGACGAAGCAAGAGUCGUCUGGAGAAUCUUCUGCGGAGGUUGCGGAGGUCACAACGCCCACAGAGGCCACCCCUGCCAGUCCGAACACUGCCACCUCUCCAGACAAUAAGGAAACCAAAAAGAAGGAUAAGAAGAAAAAGUGGUCCUUCAGGUCGAUCAGCUUUAGUAAGAAGGAUAAGACUAAGCCGAGUCGCGAGGAGGCGCCCAAGAAUGGAGAUGUCACCAAGGAGGAGCCGCUCGCAGAGGUGAGUCGAGAAUUCUGCAUUUGUGCGAUUAUUAGCGACUAG